CAGGGCAAAGGAAGCGUCACUAGCAGAGGUUUGUUUUGAUCUGCGAUUAAGUGGUUCGCUAUUUUCGAUAUCGGUCAGGCCUUCAUAAUGGAUUGAAAUGUCGUAGUGCACAGCAAAAGAUGUUUUCCCCGGAUGGAGACCUGGAUAUUCUGUCUGAGGACGGAGAGUUCGCCGCAAAGCUGUCAAGGUCCGGCCCCCCUCCCCACGGCUAUGCAGGCCAGCCGAGGACCGAGGCUCCUCAGACCACUACCGACUCCCAUGAAUCAGAUGCAGAGUCUCCUCGGAGUUGGAGUUCUGUUUUGUCGCCGUCGCGAGUGCGUGUGGGCGUGUCCUCCUGGUUAGAGACAGGCAAGCAGCUGAGUUCCCGGGUCCACGCCUUGGUGAAGGAUACCACUGCAGUCUCUCCUGCCAGUCCAGUGAAGGUGGAGACAGACGCUCCCCUGACAGCCGAGGACGUGCCUGUGUCUCCACAGCUCAUGAAGUCAGUGGCCCUCGCCUUCCGCAGACAGGAGGAGAUCAACAAGGCAAAUGCAAAUCUGUGUAGGCUGAAUUAUGCUGUGAAUGUGGCCAAUUAUGUCAAGCACAAACAAGUAGAGCAAGCUGUAGUGCAGGGACAGAAGCAGCUGUGGAAACUCAACAACAGAGUUCAUCACCAGGCAGAGACUAUAGGUCACCUCCAGGAUGGCGUGCGGAACCUGUCCACACAGGUCCAGCUGCAGAAGGAGACAGCACAGAGGAUGAAGAACAGCAUUGAUGCACAGCAGCAGCUGUUCAGCUCCACCAUACUGGAGAACCGAAUGGAACUGGAAAGACAGCAGAGUCUUUUGGCCAAGCAGCAAGCUGCCAUGGAUCACUUGAUCAGACAGAAACUGAAGCAUGACUUCUUUGUAGAUAGUGGACUUCUUGUAGGAACAGUAUGGUUUGUGAACAGCUUGCUGGUUGACUACCCACUGAAGACAGUCUUAGUGUUUGUACCCAGAACCAAACUCAGAAACUGGCUAAGACAGGCCACAAAGGCACUGCUUGUUCUUCAGAUGAUGGGUCUGUUGAAGUCCUGGUCUGUAAGAUGUGGCCUGCAUAACAGUGUUGGAUCUUUGCUUCCCUACAUACAACAUGCCAGCACAGUUGCCAUGGCCAAGCUGCAGGAACUGAGAGCUGUGAGAGUGUGGAGAAGACGACCGGCCCUCCCACCAGACCAGGGUGAUGAUGAUGAUGCAGACAGACCACCGCAAACUGCCCUGAAUCUGUGCUGAACAUUGUAAACUUUGUAAAAAGGAUCAGGAUAUUUUCUUAUAUUCAAGGGCUGUUUGGAAGUAAGGAAUAAAUGUUUGAUUUAGCAGUUUAAUAAUUAGAAUAUCAGUUGAGGAAUAUCCAUCCAUAUUUUACCACAUUGAAAAGUAUAUAAUAGAAAAUGAAGUAAUAUUUUGACUUUUACAUAUUUUCAUAUUUGACCAUCUGUAAAGUUCCUGGAGAUGGUGAUCAGUUCUGGAGAUGUAAUGAUUUUAUAGUUUUGAGUAACAGUUAUAGGAGCUUUAAUAUGCUUCACGUAUGGGCCAGUUAUGUCAUUUAAAAAGUACAUGCAUGCAAUAACGUCAACCAAGGCUGUCAUGUUUGACAAGUCUGUGAGUCCUAAAUUAAAGUUCCUUGAUUCGACGCAAAACAUCAGCCAGUAUCUGGCUUCCAAGGAAACACUUGAUGUUAGGAUGAUCUUACAAGAAAUAUGUUACAACUUACAUCUCCUGUAAAGAAAGACCACAAGUACAUUAUGGCUCAAAAACACUAAACAACGAAAACUGCUUUAAGUGUGGUUAAGAGUCAUUGCGAUCUAAUAAAAUUACAUUUAUA